UAAAGGUACGAGUUACAAUUAAACUUGUCUUGUCUAUGGUUAUAACUUGUAAGUUAAACAAAUAUAACUGUAAUAUGUCUGAACGUUUUCUGUGCUUGAGUAGAAUGAUGAUGCUGUCCCCAGGGACGAUGCAACGGAGAUCGUAAAAUACUAUAAACUAUAAAGGUUCAGUAAGAAUAUCUGCUAAAUAUAUAAUUUACAAUAGACAAGGGAAGCUCAUUAUUUGAAAAACAGAAGUUCGUAACUCCACAAGUUACACGUUAUAGAAAUAUCAUAAAGUUAAUUUACAAAUAACAGUAGGUACUCAAAAACAAACAAUGUUGAAAUCAAUUUUAAGAGGGCUGUAUAGACAUAAGUCUUCAUUAGCCUCUGAAAAUUGUAUAACAACUAUCAAGUCAGUUAAUUCAUACCGAAUAACUCUUUCAGAUCCUAAAACUAGAAAUACACUUUCUAUUGCUGCACUUCAACGUUUAAUUGAAGAAAUAAAAAUUGCAGGGGAUGAUUUAUCAUUAAAAAGUAUAGUAAUAUGUGCAAAUGGACCAGUUUUUUCUGCUGGGCACAACCUCAAGGAGCUUAGUAUACCGGAAAACCAAAAAACUGUAUUCUCAUUAGCUACAAAACUCAUGAAUACAAUGAUAGAAUGUCCUAUACCUAUUAUAGCAUGUGUUGAUGGUGUAGCUGCGGCAUCAGGUUGUCAAUUAGUAGCAGCUUCAGAUAUGGCAAUUUGUUCAAAUCGUAGUUCUUUUUCAACUCCUGGUGUAAACCUUGGUUUGUUUUGUUCUACUCCAGGAAUUCCUCUGAGUAGAGUUGUAUCAAAAAAAACUGCUGCUUAUAUGUUAUUCACUGGUACAUCAAUCAAUGCUGAAGAAGCCCUUAGAACUGGUCUUGUUAGUAAAGUUGUUCAACCAGAAGAAUUAGAUAAUGAAAUUACAACAUUGACAACAUUAAUUGGUCAAAAAAGCCGUUCGGUAAUUACUUUAGGGAAGACAUUUUUUUACAAACAAAUUGAUGAAAAUAUUAAAUCAGCUUACAAAAAUGGAGAAAAAAUUAUGCUAAGUAAUUUAGAACUUAAUGAUUGCAAAGAAGGUUUAUUAUCAUUUGUCGAGAAAAGAAAACCCAAUUGGUCAAAUUAAAAAUUAAGUGAAACUUCCUUUUAACAAAUUCAUUUUGAGAACCAUGGCCAAAUCAGAACCAAAUUUAUAUAAUUCUACUUUUUUUUUUUUUACUCACUUAUGAAACUUUGUAAUAAAGAAGUUUCUGAAUAUCAUAA